UGUGAUUAUCAUACUGUCAGCUGGGACCAAAUGAAAAAGGUUUUCAGGCUAUCCCUGUCCCUAAUCUACAGGCUGCGUGAUCUACAAGACACAGUGGUUUAACACUAUACGUAUAGCUGGAGAAGGUAAUUCAGUGGGCGUGCUGGAGAAAUCUGAUACAGGCUGCUGCUUUUCAAGAACGAUAUAGACAGGACAGGAAAAUGAUGCAACUCUCUCUACAGCAUUGCUCUCUGUCAAUGAUCUUCAUUGUUCAGCUCAUCAUGCUGCCGUUUACAACUGAUGCAUCUGAGAAACUGGUGGAAGAUCUUUUUCAGUACAUUGAUACUCAUCAGGAUGACUUUGUUCAGGAGCUUAAACAAUGGAUAGCUGUUCCGAGUGAUUCCAGUGACCCUCAGCUACGUGGAGAAUUAAUCCGAAUGGUAGAGAUUACAGCUAGGAGGAUUCAAACUUUGGGAGCCACAGUACAGCAAGUUGACAUGGGCUUUGAAACGAUGCAUGAUGGACAGAUAAUUAAAUUCCCCCCAGCAAUCUUGGCUGAACUGGGUAAUGACACUGCAAAGGCCACUGUAUGUUUUUAUGGACAUGUGGAUAUCCAGCCUGCUAAAAAGGAAGAUGGGUGGAAAACCGAUCCAUACACAUUGACAGAAGUUAAUGGAAACCUUUAUGGACGAGGUGCAACAGACGACAAAGGUCCCGUGUUAGCCUGGAUAAAUGCCAUAGAAACAUAUAUAUCACUAAAAAAGGACAUCCCAGUAAACCUGAAGUUCAUUAUAGAAGGGGUGGAGGAAACUGGCUCCCCUGGUUUGGAAGAAUUAUUAAAGCAACAUAAGGAGUUCUUCUCUGAUGUGGACUACAUUGUUAUUUCUGACAACGUGUGGCUCGGCAGAAAACCUGCCUUGACAUAUGGAACAAGGGGCAAUGCUUAUUUCUUUGUAGAGGUCGAAAGUGGUAAAAAGGACUUGCACUCAGGAACUUUUGGAGGUAUCAUCCAUGAAUCAAUGAGGGACCUAGUAUAUCUCUUAGCAAGCCUUGUGGACUCUACUGGUCGUAUCCUUAUCCCUGGAAUUUAUGACUAUGUUCCUCCAAUAACAGAUGAAGAGAAAAAGUUGUAUGAAAAUAUAGAUUUUGAUAUAGAAGAACACAAAAACAACACAGAAGUGAACACAUUUUUGUACAGCACUAAGGAAGAAAUUCUUCAGCACAUGUGGCGAUACCCGAGCCUUUCCAUUCAUGGCAUAGAGGGAGCAUUUGCUGGAACUGGGACCAAAACUGUAAUUCCUUCAAAAGUGAUUGGCAAAUUCUCAAUUCGGCAAGCUCCAAAUAUGGAAAUCCCUGUCGUGGAAAAGCAGGUUAAAAUGUAUCUUCAAGAAGUAUUUGACAAAUUAAAUAGCCCAAAUAAACUAAAAGUUUCGUUAGAAAUUGCAGCAAUGCCUUGGGUGGCGAAUGUUGAUGACCCUCAGUAUGAAGCAGCUAAGAUGGCGAUACGAAAAGUGUUUGGUGUUAUGCCAGAAAUGAUCAGGGAUGGCUCAACUAUACCACUAGCCAGAAUCUUCCAAGAUCUAACCAAAAAGAGAGUAAUGAUGCUUCCAAUUGGUGGAGCAGAUGAUGGGGAACAUUCACAAAAUGAGAAAAUAAGCAGAUCUAAUUACAUCCAGGGGACCAAAGUUUUUGCCGUAUUCUUCUUGGAAUUGUCAAAGCUACAUGAAGAUUUACUGGCCAAAUCUAACCAAAAGAAACCAAAAUUAACUCAGCUUAUUGGAAGCUGAAAACUUCAAUACAAAGAUUGUAGAGGAACCUAGUAAACUCUGCUAGUUCCUUAUAUCAUUGCUUACAGUAUAUUGCUUUUACGUUAGUUCAGAUUGUCCUUGGGUUGUGUAGGCCUUGAUUCAUGUCAUUCUAGGUGUAUACUGUGUAUGACAUCUUGGCAGCCUUGAGUAAAAUAAUCUUUUUUUUUUCUUGUGGUCUUACAGUUCUAUAUACAACCUGAGUAUUUGCAAGAGCAAAAGAGCUAAUGCUUGACAGCACAUGUGCAGAGGAAUGAAUACACAACCUUCAUCGGCUAUUGGUGUGCCUUAAGAUGCUAUAGAGCUUUCAGUUCAGAUGUAUCACAUAUGC